CGUCCGCGAGGGGGCGGGGCUCCGCGUGCGUGGAGAGCGUCAGAGGCGUCCGGGUCGGGCGGCUCAGCGGGUAGCGCUCAAAGUUAGGCCACAAGCCUGUUUGGCCUUGGCAGGAGUGGUCAAGCUGUGACUGUUUCUACUCCCCCGUGUUUGGCCGUUUCUAAUCCCCCUUAGGCGCCAUGAUCAUCCCGGUCCGGUGCUUCACCUGCGGCAAGAUCGUCGGCAACAAGUGGGAGGCCUAUCUGGGGCUGCUGCAGGCCGAGUACACCGAGGGGGACGCGCUGGACGCCCUGGGCCUGAAGCGCUACUGCUGCCGCCGGAUGCUGCUCUCCCACGUCGACCUCAUCGAGAAGCUCCUCAACUAUGCCCCGCUUGAGAAGUGACCACUGCUCGUCUGCUGCCCGCCGCCUGCUCCCGAUAAACUAUGCCCCACCGGAAAAGUGAUGGGGUGCCCCCUUAAAACCCACCCUAUUACCAACAACCUACGCCCCCGUGGAGCGAUGGGGCCCACCGCCAUCUCCGGCCACCCAUCUGAUGCCCCUGAUAAACCCAUCCUGAAGGAGAAGUGAUGGUACCCACUCCCAUUCCCAAUAAAUGUCUGAACUGAAAGCC